GGUUUUGGGGCGUGUUGACUGAGCAGCCGAGCUGAAGUUGGCACCAGUCGUCACGCAAGCUCUUCUUGCUCUGUGCUACCAACUUUCGGCGCGUCCUUUUAUCAAGCUAUUCACAAGAUGUUUUUGGCCAAGAAGCUGCUUGGUGGCAUCAUAGAUGCCGUCAGCAACAUCGACCCUGCCCAGUUUGUGCCCUCUGAGCCUCCUGCACCACGGAGGCCCCUGGCUUACGCUGAGCAACAUGAAAAUGAUGAGGAGAAGCAGUUUCGCAGGGUUUUUCAGCAGCUAGCGGGAGAUGACAUGGAAGUGAGUCCUGCUGAGCUGAUGAACAUCCUGAACCGGAUCAUUGCAAAGCAUGGAGAUCUGAAGACAGAUGGCUUCAGUAUUGAGUCGUGCAGGAGCAUGGUAGCAGUCAUGGAUAGCGACAGCACAGGGAAACUGGGCUUCCAUGAAUUCAAACAACUCUGGAAUAAUGUAAAGAAAUGGCAGGGCGUGUACAAGAGCUACGACACAGAUGGUUCCGGUGUCAUUGGUGCUGAUGAACUACCCAAUGCUUUCAGAGCCGCUGGCUUCCCACUCAAUGACCAUCUGUACCAGAUGAUCAUCCGCAGAUACAGCGAUGAAAAUGGGAACAUGGAUUUCGACAACUAUAUCGGUUGCCUUGUCCGGCUGGACGCCAUGUGCCGUGCCUUCCGAAUUCUGGAUAAGGAUAACAGUGGGACUAUCAAAGUCAACGUUCAGGAGUGGCUUCAGCUGACCAUGUACUCUUGAGCCCAGACGCUGUCAGUUGCUUGUCACACAAACCCACGUUUCCCCAAACAGCACAGACAACUCUCAACCUUCCUCCACUUUUCCACUUGAUUCAGUCUAUCGUUUGAGUGUGUGCGAGUUUUAGACAAGAUAUUUUAAGGGAGAUUUAGGAUUAUACAAUAGUGGGAGAAUUUCUAUAUAUUUUUGUUGCAACUCUCAAAGUCAUGUUACAGAAUGUCCUGGACCAGCAGUUAAAAUACGUAACCAGCAUGCUAACUGGUGCCAUUUAGUGUGUACUUUUUCAUUUGCCAUAUGCACCUCAGACAAAACACAUUUGACUAUAUUUCACUAGAAUUAAGAGGCUAUGUUGCUGUUCGGUGCCAGAAAUUGCUACGGCUUGACUGAACUGCGCUUCACCUGUGACACAAUGUUUUUAAAUCGUCACACAAUGUAGCUGGCACGCUUUUACACAACCCAAAAGUGGGUGUGGCCAAUUCCCGUCUGAACUCUGAAGAGUGUAUAUCAAAUAUUUCACAGCAGAGGUACUUGUUUUCCGGUUGUCACACUGAUCUGAUCUGUUAUACUUUAAUGUUGUAACUUUUUUUAGAGGUGGUAGCAUGUGUUUAGGCAAAAGUGUGGGAUAUAUUGACCCAGAUUUAGAAGUGAAUCUAUGCUGGUUUUACAGGUUUUAUAUUACUUUACAAACAUAUCUGCAGUACCCUUUGAUCCCCAAUAUCUAAUUUCUGUUAUCUGUAAUCCUUGUUUUAUACAGUACAAGACAGAUUUAUUAUAGUUUUAACUGCAAACAAGUUUCGGCACAAUUGUACUGCGCCACAUCUACAGAAGCCAAUCCUUCCUUGAGCUUGUUUGCUCACGGUCGUGUACUUGUUUUGACGACACUGUGUGAAUUGAUAAUCAUAUAUGAAUGUUUGUCCCUAUGAAGCAUGCCGUCAAUAUUAUUUAAUGUAUUCACGCAUGUAGUUCCUCAUGAAUGUGAUUGAGAGAAAUAAAUAACUGUGCCAUAUUUCAAAUAA